AUGUCACAGGUUGAGUUCAAAGUAGAGGCUAUAAGCGAGUAUAUAGACACACAAUACUCAGGCGGUGAUACUAACAAAAUGAAAUUACAACAGAAUUAUCAGGAAGAGAAUAACAACGACGUAGAUGAGAUAACCAAGAACUUUGACAUGGGAUGUAUUGUUGACACAGUAAAGAGACCCCCGAAUAUCUGUGUUGAAACAUGUGUGUAUGACUCGGGAUCAGAUGACAGAUCUGAAUGCAACGAUGGGUCUCGCUGUAAUGUUGGAUCUGAAUGUAAUGAUAGAUCUGACAAUAAUGAUAUGUCUGAUAAUGAUAACGAAAUUAAUUAUUCCGACGAAUUUGAAGAGGACAGCGAAGUGGAGGAGAUAAAGACUGUUAGCAAAUCGGAAAAUAAUAGCAUAGCAUGUAAAGUUGCGUCAAAUAAGUCUGUUAAGGUUUCCAAGAGUCAUACUUCUGUGUCCAGUAAGCCACCGUCGAUGUCUAGUAGAUCUACUGAUUAUGGAUCAGUUUCAGUGCCACCUACACGUCGUGUUAACAUGUCGUUCACGAACGAAAGGCUGAGGGAGAUUGAGAGGCACAACCACAUCCUUCUAAAUAAGAUUUUAAGCGCACGAAAUAACAAGAAGUCGACGAUACCACCUAAAGAACAGCCAGUCCGCAAACCAGUGCCACCUGCUGCUGUGCACAGAAAGCAAAAGCAGAGACAAAUUGAUCAUGACAAUAUGAUCCUAUUAAAAAAGAUUCAACGCGCCAAGUCUUCGGCCUGUAGCAUCCGACGUUGA